AUGACCACCCAGAACCGCAGACGAAAACAGCGUCAAGCCGAGGACCUGCUCAAACCGAACGUCUGCAUACCGAUCGUUGGUUUUUUAUAUGGGCGGCGUCACUGUGUGGGUGAGCGCUGCUGUUGCGUUUUUGAACGUGUUUUGGAGUGGCGCGUGGACGCCAUGCUUAUAUUUAGAUUCAAUUCAACACAAAAUCAAACGGAACACCUCAAUUUUAGCAUUUUAAGUUCAACU